AUGGAUUAUAAUCCAUAUUCAAAUUAUGUUGAUCUUCUUGAUAGUCAACGAGAAAAUGUCAUUUCUCUAGACUCUCCGCCAGCUCCUGUAUUUCGCAGAGAAGGCACUCAAGAUUCCAGCUUCGGUGACUCUCCUCCACAGCGUAGAGAAAGAAGGACGUGGUCCCCUUCGGAUGAUAUAGUGCUCAUCAGCUCGUGGUUAAACACGAGCAAAGAUCCUAGUUGCAGCUACUUUGGCGCCAAUCCGAAGCUUGCAGGCUGUGAAAAAAGAGAGUCAAUGCACUCCAAGCAACGGUGGCACAAGAUCAACGAUCUUGUUUGCAAGUUCUGUGGCGCAUAUGAAUCUGCAGCCAGGGAGAAAACAAGCGGGCACAAUGAUAAUGAUAUCCUGAAGCAAGCUCACGAAAUCUUCUACAAUAACUAUAAAAAAAAAUUCACUCUUGAGCAUGCUUGGAAAGAGCUACGCAACGACCAGAAAUGGAGGAAGUUAGAUGAUGGUGCACAAUCAUCUACAUCUCACGCUACUGUGAACAAGACUGGUGAAGCAGAUGAGGGAACGGUUCGGCCCCCGGGUGUUAAGGCAGCCAAGAGGCUCGGUAAGAAGACAAUGAAAGAGGAGAAAGGGCUGUCGGAGUUUAAGGAGAUAUGGUCUAUUAAAGAAGAGGAUAUGACUAGGAAAGAAAGGAUCGUGAAGAUGGGUCUACUUGACCGUCUACUUGCAAAACCAGAACCACUCCCCGAGUAUGAAGAGUCUCUAAAGAAGAAGCUCAUUAGCGAGCUGUUUUAG